CUGAAUCCUUCCUUUCUCAUUCCCAUUUACUGCACUUUCCCCAGAACCCACCGAACUCAACCAUCUCCAUUAUCAACCACCCUCCUCCUUGUCUUCUUCCUCUUUAUUCCUUUUUCAUGCAACUUGUUUUCUGCGGCGGCGCUGGUGGUGGUGCGACUGAGGCCAUGUCGACGGUGUCCAGGGAUGACAACGCUGCUAUGUCAUCUGAGGAUUCUUCCAGCCCUGAUGAUGCUGAACUCGAGCUUGGUCUUGGCUUGAGUCUUGGUGGUGGUUUCAAGAGCAAGCAAAUAGCAGUUAAGAGUCAUUAUGCUAGGAUUUUGACUGCCCAGGAUUUGCCUUCUUGUGUUUCUGCUUCUUCUUCUUCUUCCUCUACGUCGUCGUUCUCUUCCACUUUGAGUAGAGCCAACGCUACGGCUGGGACUAAGCGGAGUGCUGAUUCUGUCUCCACCACUAAUGGUGCUUCCAGUCAAGUUGUUGGUUGGCCGCCAAUAAGAGCUUAUAGAAUGAACAGUAUGGUCAACCAGGCCAAAUCGGUGGCAACUGAAGAAUAUAAUUCAAUAAUUGGAAAAAAUAAAAGCAAGACUGCUGUGCUGGAGAAGACUAACAAUGGAAGUACAAUCAAUAAUGCCAAGGUCAGGAAUUCGCUCUAUGUCAAGGUGAAUAUGGAUGGGAUUGCUAUAGGAAGAAAGGUUGAUCUCAAUGCUCAUGGAUGUUAUGAGACCUUAGCCCAAACCUUGGAAGACAUGUUCCUUCGACCUAACCCAACAAUCAAUGCAUUACGAUCAAAUGUACCAGAGCAUAAUCUGAUGGUAAAAGCAACAAGAUGCCCAAAAUUGCUGGAUGGUUCAUCUGAGUUUGUGCUCACUUAUGAGGACAAGGAUGGGGAUUGGAUGCUUGUUGGAGAUGUUCCUUGGGGGAUGUUCCUUAGCUCUGUGAAGAGGCUUAGAAUCAUGAGGAGGUCUGAAGCAACUGGACUUGCUCCAAGGUUGCAAGAAAGGAAUGGGAGACAAAGAAACAAGCCUAUAUAGGCUUUUCCCCUUAAACUUGAGUAAGAUGAAGACAAUCUAUGGCUUGAAGAGUGAUAUACAAAGGAGAAAGAGAAUAAUGAAAGCAUUUUGAAAUAGUAAUGACUGAUUUUCUGCGGCAUGGAGUUGGUUUUGGGUUGCUAUAUUUUCUUAUCGUGAUAUUUGUUCAUUCUUGUUUUAUGUUCGAAAAUACUCGCCCCACUUUUUUGAAUGAUACAACUACGUUAAGGUUGGGUGUAUUAUACUCAUCCAUACGUGCAUAGUUCAGUGCAUGUUUGUCUACAGAUAUUGUAAAUUCCAGAGUGCUCAAUUGCUUUUUCAUCCUUGUGAAUGCAAAAAGGAAAUUAUUUGUUCUGUA